ACAUUUAUGUGACCCCGUUUCUUCCUCUCCUAUAGGAAGAGGCUGACCCAUCACUUCAGGCACUUGAAUCCCGCCAGGAAGAGAUUCUGAGACGCUUGUAUGAACUGAAGAGCGCUGUCGAUGGUCUCUCAAAGAUGAUACAAACCCCAGAUGCUGACUUUGAUGUAACCAAUAUCAUUCAAACUGAUGAGUGUUCUCCUUUGACAACAAAUGGAGCAGAUUUAGAUUUGAUGCUUGGGAAGGAUUAUGGUGGCCUGAAAGAUAUCGUAAUCAAUGCAAAUCCUUCUCUACCUCCGCUGUCACUAUUAGUACUACACAGUCUGCUUUGUGAACGCUAUAAAAUAUUAUCAGCUGUUCAUACCCAUUCAUCGGUGAAAAGCGUGCCAGAAAACCUCUUGAAAUGCUUUGGAGAGCAGAUGAAGAAGCAGCCACGUCACAAGUAUCAGCUGGGCUUUACUCUUAUUUGGAAGGAUGUUCCAAAACCCCAGAUGAAGUUUAGCAUUCAAACAAUGUGCCCUAUUGAAGGAGAGGGGAACAUCGCCAGAUUUCUCUUUUCCCUGUUUGGCCAGAAGUACAAUGCAGUUACUUCAACUCUGAUUGAUAGCUGGGUUGAUACAGCCAUCUUCCAGCUAAAAGAAGGCAGCAGUAAGGAAAAAGGAGCGGUCUUGCGCUCCAUGAAUGCUGCCCUGGGCAAGUCAUCGUGGUUGGUGGGAAAUGAACUCACUGUAGCAGACAUUGUUGCAUGGUGUGCACUUCAGCAGACAGGUAGUGCAAAUGCCGCCCCAGCCAAUGUGCAAAAAUGGAUGAAAUCAUGUGAGAACUUGGCACCUUUCAGCUCUGUUAUGAAGCUACUGAAGUAAACCUGUAUUCUUCACAAUGGUGUAAUUUUAAUCGUACUCCAGUUCAUGCCUGCUGUAGUGGUUUGAGUCCCUUCUGAGAUGUAUUCAAGUACUACAGUUAGACAGAAUUCUAAAACCAAUAAAAACAUUACAGCUA